UGGCGGCGUUAUGAUGUCUGCUAUGUUUAUUUUCAGUUUGUUGGCGAGUUUUUUCCUCCCUUGGUCGGCGUGUUGCCGUUGCGUUCGUUUUCUUCGCACAGGAAGAAGUCUCCGUACCUGAAAAGACCUUGGCCCAGUAGCUGAUAAAGAGCGCUAAGCUGAUAUGCGCAGCAGAUUUUACUUCCUAGUGGCUACCCAAUGUGGAUGACGACUGAGUCUGUGCUAUCAAGCGGCUUCCUCUCGUAGCGCAAUCUAGCUCAUGCGAACAUGGAAACGACCGCGCACGACGACGCCGGUCCUUCGACGAGUAGUGACGACUCUCAGAGCAACGAGUGCCCGAAAGAAGGCAGCCCCGUCAAGCUGAAUGGAGUCAGGAAGGCGGGCCCUUACUUGCUUGGUCCAAAGUUGGGAACAUCGCCAGUGUGCAGCAUUACGCAGUGCUUGGCCAAGAAGGAAGGCACCGACGACUUUUACACCAUUAAGGUUCUCAUCAUACGAAGCCCGGAGGAAGAGACCCAGGAGGACCGCCAGGGCAAAAUGCUACUGCACACCGAGUAUUCACUGCUCUCCAUGCUUCACGAUCAGGACGGUGUUGUGCACCACCACGGAAUAUUUAAGGACCGUGCUUGGGAGAUGCGAGAGACCACAGAUGGCCUGGUGUAUACGGGACGGCAGCAGCAGCGCCUGUGCCUGGUGCUUGACUGCCUGUGCAGGCACGACUUCGGCACGGCCACGGUCGACCUGGUGAAUCUGCAGCACUAUGUCAUCCGCGAGAAGCGCCUGCAGGAACGGGAGGCCCUCUUCAUCUUCCAGGAUAUUGUGCGCAUCGUCACCGCUCUGCACAAGUUGAACAUAGUUCACCGAGACCUGAAACUGGGCAACAUGGUUUUCGACAAGCGGAAACGGAAGGUCACCAUCACGAACUUUUGCCUCGGCAAGCACCUCAUCAAUGAGAACGACCUUCUCAAGGACCAACGCGGAAGUCCCGCCUACAUCAGCCCCGACGUGCUCAGCGGAAAGCCCUACCUGGGCAAGCCGAGUGACAUGUGGGCGCUGGGUGUGGUGCUAUUCACCAUGCUUUACGGACAGUUCCCGUUCUACGACUCCAACCCACAGGAACUGUUUAGGAAAAUCAAGGCUGCUGAAUUCACCUUACCCAAGGAGUCGCCACUUUCGGAGAACACACGGAUGAUCAUUCACAAGCUGCUCGUCCUCAACCCCAAGCAGAGGAUGAAGGCCGGCGAGGUGCUCGAGUCUGUCGCAAGCACGUUGGCCGUGUGGAAUUCUCUGGCCACCAGUGGAAAGCCUCUACAAGUUGUGCCAGACAUCGACGACAACGACAACGCGCGUGGCGAGGAAGCCGACGCGCACAAGAGUCCAGAGCAGUCCGCCUCGGCAAGUGCAGCCGCAACACCGUCCUUCUCCUCCAGCCUGGCGGAGCUGCAGCACCCUUCGGGAAGCAACGUGGGGGACUUCAUCUUCGGCACGCGCCUCAGCAUCGGUCACGCGCCACACACUCACAAGCCCCCCGUAGUUGGUCCCCCCGCCAAGAGGAGGCAGCCUGGCGUGCUGUCCAUACAACGAGUACACGAGGACGCCCGGCCCCUGACCGCCAUAGAAAGCAUGCAGUACCACAACAUGCUGCGUCACACAGCCUCCUCCUCGAGUUCUUCGUCGUCCUGAUGCCCGCACUGACGGUGGGGCGAGAAAACGUCCGAUAUCGGUGUGAAACCUCGUACAAAAAGCUUGUGAAAAUGGCAGCAGCAUCUGUACUACCUUUUGGAUCUUCGUUAUCACCACACAGUAAUCGUCAUCGGUCUUGCUUGCGCUUCCUUUCGUGAAAACUCUGAGCCCCCAACUUAUUUGUCAGGAAUACUGUGUUACGUUCAUAGUGCGCGUGCUUUUUUUGAUUGAGAAGUACAAGGUGUGCAGCAUUAUAGAAGCGAAAGACACUGAUGGUAGCCACGAUUAUUAUUUAGGCCAUGUGGGCUCAAGAUGAGCCUCAAACGGUGCAGUCAUCUUUUUGAGAAUUUGCCGCGAUUUGCCAGACUGUAGACGCUCAGGACGAAAAUGCAGCGCAAGCUACACAACCACUUGUUGUCAUAUUGCACUUUCACUCGUUUGUAUCAUAAGCAUCAUUCCCUGCUUCCGCGUGUCCCGUUACCUGUACAGUAAUACCGCAUUGUAAUGAAGUUAUGUUUGACGCAAAAAAAUACCUCACUUACUUCCUACCUUUGAUACAAGUGUAAGUUUGUUGUGCGUGGACAUCGGUGUGAAGAACGUUAGGCUUUUUUCGUUGUACAUAUGAUAACUCUUUUUGUCUGGGUUUGUUGUGCCGUGGUUCAGCUGUAGUUUAGGAUAGUGGCAGCUGCAGCUGCACGUGGGUGUUCAGGACAGCGGUGCUGCUUUAGACUGUUCCAACAACAGAGCUACUGUUGUUGGAACAUACGUCACCUGCACGCGUAUAUGGUGCAUUCAGCUACACUGUGGAAUGUUGCACUGCGAAUCCAAUAGAUUGCAGCCUUUAACUCACCGGGAUUCAUUGAUCUUAUGCCACUGUUCGUUGUGACGUCUUGUUGUUCUCACUACUCCAGCUGUCACAUUUACUGAAUACCGUGAUGUGGUGAAGCGAAUGGAUGCAUAUGCUUUCAUUACGCUAUAGAAUUUAGUUGCACCACUAUCGGCUGGUAAGCUGGGUCCUAGUUACAACAGAAAAAUGAGCCAGAUUGUUUGAGUAGUUUGGCACAUAUAAAGCAGUGGAUAAACAUACAAUUCACACUCCAUCUCUAUGUGUCGAGGCAGCCAGGUUCGAAUCUAGUAAAAUGCUUGAGGCCCGUGUACUGAGAUUCAUGUGCACGUUAAAGAACUCAAGGUGGUCGAAAUUUCCAGAGCCCUCCACUACGGCAUCCCUCAUCAUCAUAUCGUGGUUUCAGGAUGCUUAACCCCAGCAUUUGUUAUAUAUCAAAUCUAGUAAUUCUGCCUAAGCAGGAAGCAGAGUUCUCUACAGUCACCAUCUUUUUUUACUUCUCUUUGGGCAGUCAGAACCUCAAUAGGAAUGAAUGCUACAACGAACUGGUCACACUUACUAUAGGGUGCUAAGUGUCCAUACUGCACCAAAAUGGAGUGUACCGCAUUAUAUGGACAUGUCUAACUUUGUAAACAAUCGGAACGUUCUCGUCUCCUACACCACGUCAGCUUCCUUCCACUACAGUGCCACGACCAGUCGUGAUCACCUGUUGUUUCUUAGUCUUAGCCGUAACUUUAGUACAGUAAUUAAUGGCUGGUGACAAAGUUCCGAGUGAAACGAUUAUAUUCCCUUAAGGGACCAACAACUGGCCAGAACGUGUGAUGAGAUCCCGACAGAAAUGAAAACACUGUGAAAUACAGUGACAGAUCCCAGCAUCCUUUUCGUGUUGUAAGCAGGAUUCAUAUUUUUAAAUCGUGUUUAAAAGUAGCAAAAAACCGGUACGUCACACAUCCUAGUGGAAGAGCCUUGAAGCUCAAUUGUGGAGUCGAUCAAUUUGCUGUACGUAUGUGUAGUCACGUAGUCUGAUGCUGUCGUGUGCACCAUAAUUAGUGCUCAAAAUUGGAGUGUGUAUGUUAUUAUAUAUCCCCGCUCUAUUCUGUGCUGUUUACGAGGUAAAAGGAAUUGCACGGUGAGAAGCGGCGCUGCCUUCGCGGCAGCCAGUGGACUAUGUUGAGCCGCAGCGCAUGUGCGCGGAGUGCACGCAUGCGUAGUGAACCGCCGCGUGGAACACGAACUGCUCUCGCGCUCACUGUUUGCAGCAUGUGUUGUCGCUUUUGUUUACGACUUCAUAUUUGCCGCAUGUAGAAAAAUCCUGAUUACAAAUGUCUCGCGGCGUUUUAUAUGUUACCAUUCCGUGAUUAGGCACACUGACUGGUAAUCCUUCCAUUGCGUUUAAGAAAAUGGGUGCCAUAAAUAUUGGUUGUCGGUCCCUUUGAUAAAGAUGGUUAAAGUGUAUUUUGCGGUAUUUCAUUCUACUUAGAAUUGUUUGGAAGGUGCUAGGGUGAAACGAUAACUGGUGUAAUCUCUCUGCUGCUGAUGAUAAUGUUCUUCAUUACAGAGGUUCUUGUAACAUAGUUGUUCCUUACCCAACUUUUUUUCGCGCGGUCUUUUUGUGAAGGAAAAAGGCUACCACAGGAGAGUACUGGUUGAAGUGCAGCUAUUUUUUUGCGCUUGUCAAAAGCUUCGUCAUUUAGUGAGACAUUUUUUGUAUAUUCAGUGCCCCUUGUAUCAUACUUGUUGUACAUGUUUUUCUUUUCUUCUCAUACACAUGUAUCGAAGUUGGACAUGCCAAGGAUGUAGAUUCAAAAAGCAGUGAUGAUGUGAUGAUUAGUGUUAUCAAAUCGCUGGUGCAGCCUGUUUUUUCUUUCCUCCCAUUGUCAGCUCACAUCCAGCUUCCUAGCAGGCAUGCCGUGUGGAGGUUUUCCAAUUCUCUCUAAAUCGGCACAUUCAAAGCUGUAUCACAAGUGCUCUAUCACAGAUUGAUACAUAGCACACAGCUCGAUUACUGAAAAUUAAAUAAUAAAUGAAACUGUAAACAAUUGUAAAAACCAUUUCAUGUUUACAUUCACCUUUCCCUCAGACCUUAAAGCUUCGCAUGCUUUGUCGUCAUCUGGACUUCUGUACGUUGCUGGACUUUGUGAAUUCUAAAAAAACAUUUGCAAAACAGUUCAGAGGGUCUACUAAACUUUGUGUAAAGGCUUUUACUAAAUAUCAGCUGUGAAAUGUUUUUUACUUGACCUACUUCCACUUUGUUUUUGUUUUUAUUUUCCAGUGUAGGAGACUUGCAGUAUACUGCAUGUGUCGUACUUUUCACAAAAGACACACACCUCUCUCCCCCCCCUCUUUUAUUUUAUUUUUUUUUUACAGAAGUGGUGACCCUGUAAUGACAGUCAAGAAAAAAAACAUUGAUAAUUUCUUGUAAUUUCACUCGUUGUUUUAAGCUUGAAUGAAUUGUUUUAUCAUUUGCUGAACUUUGUAUGGUGCUGUGUAAUCACGAGGGUCAUCAUUUCAUAUCAUUUCUUGCAAGUUUCAUCUCGUAAUAAAUUCAUCAAUCUUUUUUUUUCCCGAUGUGCUUAUGAAAUUGACAUUUGUUGUAUAGUUUUGCAAAUGCUCUGAAAUGAGAAGUUUGUAUAAAUGCCAUUUGCUACCUC